AUGGGCAUGUCUUCAGGGCGUCUCCACACGGGAGCUAGCGAUGGCUGCGAGUGCCUGCUGCUGGUCGUACACCGUUGUGAUGGCGCGCUCCACUCCGCAGUUGUCAAAGUAGUGCACGGUGGCCAUGUGCCACUGCCCACGCCCUCGCACGGCAGCGCCGGCGCAUUCAUAGGGAAACAGGGUCGCACAUCACGAAGGGCGCCAUGCACAUGCCAUCUCGGGCUCCUGCGUUGCGGCUCCAGCAGUCUCAGCACGGCUGCACGGCUCGCCGGACCUGUUGCCGCUGCCGUCGGCACGGCGGGGCAGGAGCGGGAGAGAGAGGAUAUCGUCAGGGAUCAGGCUUGGAACCAGAGCGGGAGUUAG